AUGGCUUCCAUAAGAAGAACCGGCCAUCCCGCGCGCAAUGUUUUUGGUGAUUUUAGUGAUAUUUCCUUAGAAGAUUCAAAAAUGGAAGAAAUCAGAACCUUGAAAAUCAGUAGAAGUCUUACCAAAAUAGCACCCGCUCGUAGCAGAUUUCUAAAAGGAAACCAAACCAUGGGUGUAGAACACUCACUUCUGAAAGAGAAGGCUGUUGUGGAGGGUGGGCACAAGCUCUCCUCAGGGAGACCCCCGACCACUGCCUCGAAGCUCAGGGCCAGCGCCGCGCUCACAAAGCUGGCUCAGAUAGAAACCAAGAUCAUGAAUCGGAAGGCGAAGAUGGAUUUGUCUGACAUGGAAUCCGACCUGAAGACCUCUGAGGACAGUCUUCCAGAGCGCACAGACACAGUCCUCCCCAGGAGUACAGUCAAACUUUCUUCACACAGCCUGGACGAAACCUCCCAGAAACAAGCCUGGGAAGUUUCCAUGGCCGAGAGCGAUGCGUGGAAUGGGAGGGUCAGUAGGUUUCUAAAGAGGAGGGAACCACGCGUUGAAAAUACCUUCCCUAAAGCACAUUUUGGAAAAGAGAGGAAUUUUCAAACACCCAAAGAGAAAAAACCUACUAGAAAACUAGAUUCUCCAGACAGCGAUGAGGAGGAAAUGAAAGAGUUGCUGGGAAGCUUGCUAGAAUCUCCUAGAGAAAAAGAAACAUACACGAAUCGGUGUUUCGGCAGCCCCAAAGUCAGUGAGAAAGAACAGACAAAACUGUCCUCGAUCCCAACUCAGCCAAGAAUCCUUUCGCUACCCAGUGAGGAACUUUCCAGCCCAAAGUCAUUUCGGACAUCACCUCUGCCAGCCUCACAGUCCGCAGACGGGACCCUUCGCAGCGUGCGCUCAAGAGCUCACUCCUCACAGACUCACACUUCAGGGGACACAGCUGCCCACAUGGCAUCGCUUUCCAUCACUGGCACCUCUCCAAAGUCAGCCUCGAUGGUGCAGCAUGACAAGUUCUCCUCCUCUCCUGGAAGGAGUGAGGCUGGGCCUUGUGAUGAGUCCCUCUCCGAAGCUGCUGAUGACAGCAGUAACGAUUUUCGAAUCAAUCUCUUAUCCCUUGAUGAUCUGGCCCCAGCUGUCGGCGAGAACUCAGACUUGGAACAGAAAAAAGAAGGCCAGCGGGAAAAGGCAUCCAGCCAGAGCCCCCAGGCCGGGGGUCCCCCCACUGGAAGCGAGGUCUCAGAGUGCCUGAGUGAGCCGUCGGUCUCCUCCGCUGGGCCCGAGGGUGCUUCCGGCCCGAGGCCGAAGUCUCAAGAGCCCACGGCGAGCUCGGCUUACUCGGAAGAUUUUGAAACAGCAUCCGAGUCAAGGGCCCAUUCUGAGGAGUCUCCCGACAGGACGCCGGACACUUUGUCAGAAUUCUCUGCAAGCCUGCAGCCAGACCGUCCCCUGCCAACACCCAAGCCUUGGAAGAAGCGGGUCAGGGACGUUACAAGAGUCCUCAUGAAGGAGACGGCUGUGCAGACCCUCGAGCCCGCCUUCACCUACCAGUGGGCAGAGGGGGCCGGCAUUGCGGCCAUUGGGCCCACCCUGGGAGGUGCCUACGUGGACCCCGUGCCCAUUGCCAGUCACGUCGUCAGCGCGGACUCGAUAGAAGCCCUGACAGCUUACAGCCCGGCCGUGUUGGCGCUCAACGACAUGCUGAAGCAGCAGCUGAGCCUGACGCAGCAGUUUGUGGAGGCCAGCCGGCACCUGCACGGGUCCCUGCUGCAGUCCCUGGACCGAGACUCGUUCCACUACCACACCCUGGAGGAAACCCAACAGUACAUCAGGCACCACAGGCCCGUGCCGCUGUCCAUGGAGGACGCCCUGGAGGAGGUGAAGAAGGAGCUGUGA